AUGUCUCUCACAUGUCCACAUCAACUGCUGAGCAAGAGAAUUUAUGGGCGAGCUUAUGUUGCUCACGAUUUUCGCUGGGUUUAUGACCGACUCAUCGCCAAACACUUCUUCCCCAUUCCUAUUAAUGAUCCACUGCUGCAAACCCCCGUGACACCUAUUGAGAGCAUGAAUUUAGUGAGAGGAUACCACAUAUCUCUAGCGGUUGCUGCAAAGAUUUACACAGUAGAUCAGAAAACUCCUAUUGCUAUCGGCUUCACCGUUGAGGUUCAAGACUGGUUUGACGCAGCUCUUCAACCGCAACACCCGAACUCACCGGCCAAUCAUCGCGUACGCUUGCAGAUCAUUCCCAAGUCAUCUAAUCGCAACUGGGUCAUAGAACCUAUCAAUUCACUCGACUAUCGAUGGCAUCUAUCCACUGCCAUUGAUCGAUUCUUACGACCGAAUUGUCCUGCACCAUGCAAUCCCGAUGUAGGAAUAUGGGAGAUGGCAAAACAUGUCAGGGAAUUGCAAACCAGAAUCGGUGAGCAUGAGCGCAUAACAGAGCACCGAGAAACGCAGGCGUUAGUCAAAGAUUCGGCAAUGACAGGGCAUGCUCUAGACACUGAGCAUCGGAUAGACUUUGAAAAUGUGGAUAUCCUGAGACGGGGGUUAAGAUUCACACCACAGGGACUGGUGGACGAGGAUGUGGAAAUCACCAAAGGGGGUAGAACUUGCAAACGUGUGGAGAGCGGUCUUAGAUCAGCCAAGAUGACACGAGGCGGUGUGCAGUUAUCAGGGAAAUGGCCCGGGUCUAAAAGUACAAAAUCCAAGUACACUGGAAAAACCAUUUUCGUCGUCUGGGCUCAACUGUCACUCCUUAUGGAAACCACCAAUAAGAUAUCAGACUCAUCAUUGUCGCCCGGCCUGAACACGCUCACAAAAUGUCCUUGGGAAAAAAUCAAUAAGCUGCAAAACCUGCUCCUAUUUGCACCGUCUGUCGUCUCCGUGGAAAAGAACGUGGGUCUUGUUACUGGCUACACAACAGAUCGGCAGGCGUUUCACUCGCCGUGGUCAGCUCCGUCAACAUCGUUUCGGCUGCAUUUGACCACUAUGGGCCUGGGUACUGUGGAGGCAGCCCUAGUCGACAGGAUGGGAGCAUGCGCACGGAGUCCGCCGGAGUCAGAUCGUGAUUCUUCUGCUGAAUCAGGUCAUAUGGAAUUUAGCUCGGUAGCAAACACCUCCACACUAAGUGAACCGCGCUUCACCAUCUAUACAGGUGAGGGAUUUCGUUAUACCAUUCCACAGGCGGAGAUGCUAAGAGCCUCAUUCGAUAAAGAAGUCUAUUUGUACGAUGGAAUGGGACAGCGAAUUGGUUCUUCCAACUGGAUUGGCCUGGAGGCGGACAGGUCAACCAUUUACGGAAUCGUGAUGGGCAAUACCGUUCAGCCAAUUACAUAUCGAUUCAGGAUUGCUGCUGAUUCUCGCGUGGAACAAGAGCAUGUCACUUUCUCUGUCCACGUGGCCGGGUCAAACCCACAACUUCCAAGCGUGUACAAUCAUCGGGUCAUCAUGCGAUUUGGGGCGGAAUCUGGUAAACCAUGGGCUGGUGGGCAUAGCCUGUCAGACCGCUGGCGCCUAGUUGCUGCUCUGGACACUUUUUUAAGGCCACAAUGUUCGGGAAAUCCCUCGUGUGCCAAUAACAUGGAUGUUCUUCUACUCACCUUCAACUAUCAAGCUCAUGGGUUUACAGUAAUCUGGGCCCAAAAGUCAUUGCUCAUGAAGAGUCAUGAUGUGGGAACCGUCAAUGACCAGAUUGCUUCACUAGAGCAACAGCAGCACUGGGAUAAAUGGAUGAAACAGAGCCAAAAAUGGUCAGCAAUGUCAAGCAAUCGUAGAAAGCGAUAUGUCAGUUUGUGGCCAGGCAUGAAAAAUAAAGUGGCGGCGCAAUGGAUUCAAAGAUCUCCUCGAACAAGUCACGGUUGCCCGGAAAGAGACCUCAUUCAUCUGGAAAGAAGGCUGCUUGGUGAUACGGGUUUCGGGUUGCAGCCACUGCCAGAAUUGGCAGCACAUCUGAAGUCAUCCGGAGUGGGAAUCCUGAAAGAAGUGCAAAUGGAAAGAUUGGGACCAUGUGCAAAACUUCAAAGUCGAAUACCCAUAUUGAUUCCCGAACCGGUGAUAGGAACAGCCACCUACCCAUCAUCGUUUCCAGAUCAAUAUAAAGUAACGGAUUUGGAUUCGAAACAGAGCACUAGCUACGGACCGCUAGAUGCCCAAAUGAAACAACGCAACUUGCUUCUGGGUACGUUGCUACCCAUAUGCGGAGGUGUCAUUCUACUUUUGCUGGGAGUACUCUCCUUCGUUUGGUACCGAAAACGCGGUCAGUCUACUCAUCAGACGAAAGAUACUCAAAUGAAAGUUCCACUUGAGUGUGUCAAUCCGGAAACGGGACGAAUGUUGAAACUGGGCAGUGACAAUCAUCAUAAAAAUAAUGAUACCCAGUUGGGGGAACAAGAGGCCGGAAAGAGUCGGACUGACAUAGCCACCACAGUAAAACGACAAAAAUCGACGAGCCACAAUUUGCAUGAAUCGAAUGACGAAGACGGAACACCUCCGACAAAGCCAUUGAUACUGCCAAACGAAAGACCUCCACUCAAACCUCCGGAAUACAACCUAGCAUAUACAGAUUCUCCAAUGAACAAUUUUACUGUGUUUCCUUCUGGUGCCACCAGUAUUGCUAGCGGAUUCAGCCCUACCCAGAAACCCGUCAUAACGGAAUCUGGAGCACCAAAAGCAUUUUACGGAAUGCGACCAAAUCCCUACCGUAAUUUACCUCCGCCAAUUGAUAUUAAACCAGGAACGCUUAUGCCCUCUUCACAAUUAUCUUACGCCCCAUACAAAAGAGCAAACCCACAGGCUACACGGACUCCAGAUUUGUCAUAUGUGCUCGAGCGGUGACGGAACGAAAUUGUCAUCACUUUGAGAAAUUCAAUACGCCAGGAAUGUGAAGAACAUAGCCAAAGUCAUUAGGACGUGUACAUGGCAAUCAUAGGUUUCUGAAUGAUCGCAAAUUUCGCUUACUUUUGGUUUACUUUAAGGAAUGGAAUUCAAUGGAGGCGAAUUGCCCCAAAUUCUGACCCGUGCAUUUCCUUCCUUUCUUUUCUCUCUCCGUAAAUAUACUGCACAAAAC